CUCGGACCCCUUCCUCGCCGGGCGCGUCGCUUCUCCGGGAAAGCUGAGCCCCGGCCGCGUUCUUCGCGUCUCAGCCGCCGAAGCUCAGUGGACUUGGGGUUACUGAGCUCUUGGUCCCAGGCAACUUCACCCGUUCCAGAGCCUCCCAAUUCUCCGGACUCUGCUGGUCCCGACCCCGCAAGGAAUCCACCACCUAGCUCCGAAGAGCCCCCCGAGGGCACGUGGACUGGGGGAGCCCAGGUGAAGGCUGCAGACUCUGUGCGUCCGGAGCUCACGUGCGCCACUGGGAGCCCGGGGUCCCGGGAACCGCCAAGAGUUCCCGAAGCUGGGGCCCAGGAGCGGCGGCGGGAACAAGAGGAAAAGGAGGACACAGAGACCCAGGCUGUGGCAACGUCCCCGGACGGCCGAUACCUCAAGUUUGACAUUGAGAUUGGACGUGGUUCGUUCAAGACGGUGUAUCGAGGGCUAGACACGGACACCACGGUGGAGGUGGCCUGGUGUGAGCUGCAGACUCGGAAACUGUCUCGAGCAGAGCGGCAGCGAUUCUCCGAGGAGGUGGAGAUGCUCAAGGGACUCCAGCACCCCAACAUCGUCCGCUUCUACGACUCCUGGAAGUCAGUGCUGAGGGGCCAGGUUUGCAUCGUGCUGGUCACUGAACUCAUGACGUCCGGCACGCUCAAGACAUACCUGAGGCGGUUCCGUGAGAUGAAGCCCCGAGUCCUUCAGCGCUGGAGCCGCCAAAUCCUGCGGGGGCUUCACUUCCUACACUCCCGGGUACCCCCUAUCCUGCACCGAGAUCUCAAGUGUGACAACGUCUUUAUCACUGGCCCUACGGGCUCCGUCAAGAUCGGGGACCUGGGCCUGGCCACACUCAAGCGUGCCUCUUUUGCCAAGAGUGUCAUUGGGACCCCGGAGUUCAUGGCCCCGGAGAUGUACGAGGAAAAGUACGAUGAGGCGGUGGACGUGUACGCGUUUGGCAUGUGCAUGCUGGAGAUGGCUACCUCUGAGUACCCCUACUCCGAGUGCCAGAAUGCCGCGCAAAUCUACCGCAAGGUCACUUCGGGCACAAAGCCGAACAGCUUCUACAAGGUGAAGAUGCCCGAGGUGAAGGAGAUCAUUGAAGGCUGCAUCCGCACAGAUAAGAAUGAGAGGUGGGGUGGGGUGCAGGGGCAGGAGCUGGCAGAGGAGGAUGACGGUGAGAAGCCUGACCUCAAGCUCUGGCUGCGCAUGGAGGAUGCGCGGCGCGGCGGGCGCCCGCGGGACAAUCAGGCCAUCGAGUUCCUGUUCCAGCUGGGUCGGGACGCUGCUGAGGAGGUGGCGCAGGAGAUGGUGGCCCUGGGCUUAGUCUGUGAAGCUGAUUACCAGCCAGUGGCCCGUGCAGUACGCGAACGGGUGGCUGCUAUUCAGCGAAAGCGUGAGAAGCUGCGCAAAGCUAGGGAGCUGGAGGCCCUCGCCCCUGAGCCAGAACCCCCGCCAGCAACCAUCCCCAUGACUCCUGGUCUCCCCAGUUCCUUCCCCGCUGAGCCGGAGGAGCCAGAGGCGGACCAACACCAGCCAUUCCUCUUCCGCCAUGCCAGCUACUCAUCUACCACCUCUGAUUGCGAGACUGAUGGCUACCUCAGCUCCUCCGGCUUCCUGGAUGCCUCAGACCCUGCCCUUCAGCCCCCUAGGGGGGUGCCAUCCAGCCCCGCUGAGUCCCAUCUCUGCCUGCCCUCGACGUUUGCUCUAUCUAUUCCCCGUUCUGGCCCUGGCAGUGACUUUUCCCCUGGAGAUAGCUAUGCCUCCGAUGCAGCAUCAGGCCUUAGCGACAUGGGUGAAGGGAUGGGACGGAUGAGGAGACCGCUAGGGAGAAAUCUCCGGCGAAGACCCCGAUCCCGGCUUCGGGUCACUAGUGUCUCAGACCAGAAUGACAGAGUGGUUGAGUGCCAGCUACAGACACACAACAGCAAGAUGGUGACCUUCCGAUUUGAUCUGGAUGGGGACAGCCCAGAAGAGAUUGCAGCUGCCAUGGUAUAUAAUGAGUUCAUUCUGCCUUCGGAGCGAGCUGGAUUCUUGAGCAGGAUUCGGGAGAUUAUUCAUCGAGUGGAGACCCUGCUGAAGAGAGAUACUGGCCCUGUGGAGGCUGCUGAAGAUCCCCUGGGCCCUCAGGAGGAGCCUGCACCAUUGCCUGUUCUCCCAGGCCCCCUCCCCAACCCAUCCAGUGCAGAGUUCCAGAGUGGUACCUCCCUGGAGCAUAGCAGCUGGGCAGCCUUCUCCACUUCCCCAUCUUCUUCUGGAACCCCUUUGUCUCCUGGAAUCCCAUUUUCUCCUGGAACCCCUGUUUUCCCAAGUCCCAUCUUCCCUAUCACUUCUCCCCCAUAUCAUCCCAGCCCCUCCCCAUUUUCUCCAGUUUCUUCCCAGGUUUCAAACCUCUCUCCACACCCCCCCAGCUCUCCACUUCCAUUCUCCCCCAGUGCAACCCAGUUCCCAAUCCCAGCCUCUCAGUUUCCACAGAGUUCUCUCCUCCCCAGUUCUCCACCUGCCUUCUCUCCCAGUUGUUCCCAGGCUACUCUUGUGCCUCAUUCCUUUCCUCCAUGCUCCUCCUCCUCCUCCCCUCUCCCCUCCACCACAGCAGCCCCUCUUCUCUCUCUGGCUAGUGCCUUCUCACUGGCUGUGAUGACUGUGGCCCAGUCCCUACUGUCCCCCUCACCAGGGCUCCUUUCCCAGUCUCCUCCAGCUCCUCCUGGUCCCUUAUCAAGCCUACCCUCUUCCCCUCCCCUUGAUCCCUGUGGCCAGGAGAGGCCUUCACCUUUGACAGCUGAGUUGGAGAGUGAGGCCACCCCAAAUCCUGCUCGGCCACUCCUGGGUGAAGCCAGACUGGCACCCAUCUCUGAAGAGGGAAAGCCCCAGCUUGUUGGGCGUUUCCAAGUGACUUCAUCCAAAGAACCAGCUGAGCCUCUUUCCCUGCAACUAACAUCCCCAACUCUCUCUGAUUCCCUGAAGCCUCCAACCCCUCAGCUGACCUCAGAAAGCUCAGACACAGAGGAUAGUGCUGGAGACGAGCCAGAGGCCAGGGAGGCUCUGGCCGAGAGUGACCGUGCAGCCGAGGGCUUGGGAGCUGGAGUGGAGGAGGAAAGGGACAGUGGGAAGGAAUCCCAAGUGGGGGACAGCUCCCCACUCCUGAGCCAUCCCAGCCCAGUGUGGAUAAACUACUCCUAUAGCAGCCUGUGUCUGAGCAGUGAGGAAUCAGAGAGCAGUGGGGAGGAUGAGGAAUUCUGGGCUGAGCUGCAGAGUCUUCGGCAGAAGCACUUGUCAGAGGUGGAGGCCCUACAGACACUACAGAAAAAGGAAAUUGAGGACUUGUACAGCAGGCUUGGGAAGCAGCCCCCACCGGGUAUCGUGGCCCCUGCUGCUAUGCUGUCCAGCCGCCAGCGCCGCCUCUCCAAGGGUAGCUUCCCCACAUCCCGACGCAACAGCCUGCAGCGUUCCGAGCCCCCAGGCCCUGGCAUCAUACGAAGGAACUCCCUGAGUGGCAGCAGCACCGGCUCCCAGGAGCAGCGGGCAAGCAAGGGGGUGACAUUCGCCGGGGAUGUUGGCAGGAUGUGAAUUCAGAAUAGAAGCCAUGCGUCUCCCCCACACCAGGACCCACCAUGGAGCUUGUGCUCUCAGAAUCUGCUAAUCAGUACAACUCUGCAAGGAAGACCUCAGCACUGAGGGAGUAGAAGGACAAAGGGGCACGGAGAGUGCUGUUCCAUUAUAGGGAAAAGCCAAGCAUGUGAGAACUAUUUGCUGUGUGUAGAAAGUAUAAAUUCUGCAGCCUGCUACCUCCCCAGCCAAGAACCAACCACUAAGCAAUCCCACCCAAACGCAGAUGCUUUCACAGGGCACACUCCCAGCUGGGCAAGUGGACACCGGAAUUAACAGCCAAUAAAAAUGCUGGAAACUCAGA